AAUUCAAUUUUGUUUUGCCUAUGGUUUGCUUCGAUUCAAAGAACGUGCAACAAAUAGAAGACAAUCUCUGUUAAAGUGAACCGCAACACAGACACAAUGGGUAUUCCAUCGGAACUGAGGGACAUGUUCAUCUCCAACAACAAAAAUUCUUUCCUCAUUGCUUCUCCCGCAGAGAAGAGGAAAAUUUUGCGGACUAAGCAAUGUACUAGUGAAGGUGUGCGUGCUGGAUUCAAGGCAGCUUCCAUUGCUUGUGUUGCCAGUGCUGUGCCUACGUUGGCUGCAGUUCGUAUGAUUCCAUGGGCAAAGGCAAACCUGAAUUAUACUGCUCAGGCACUUAUCAUAUCUGCUGCAUCCAUUGCUGCAUACUUCAUAACUGCUGAUAAAACUAUCUUGGAGUGUGCAAGAAGAAAUGCCCAGCUUGAAGACUCUUUGAGACACAGUCAAUAAUUAUACAGUUAUAUCUUAGAAACUGCAGUAAGUACCAUCGUUGGUCUUGGUGCAUGAUGGUGCUACUUCUUGUAACUCACUCAGCAGGCCUAUUGCAAAGUUUGGUUUAUGGGCCUGUUUCAGAUGGUUUUGAAUGUGUUUACCCUUAAAUAAAAUGCUUUUGUCUUGUGUUAGAGACAUUUGAAAUUGCCGC